AUGACUGAUAGGAAUUUCUCACCACAACAAGGACAAGGACCUCAAGAAUCGCUCCCGGAGGGACCGCAACCCAGUACGAUGAUUCAGAGAGAGGAAAUGAAUAUGCCAAGGCAAUAUUCAGAACAGCAACAACUGCAAGAAAACGAAGGGGAAGGGGAAAAUACGAGGCUACCUGUUUCUGAGGAAGAGUUCCGGAUGGUACAGGAGUUGCAAGCUAUCCAGGCGGGCCAUGACCAAGCUAAUCUACCGCCAAGUGGUCGAGGAUCGCUUGAAGGCGAAGAUAAUGGAAACAGCGACGGCGCAGACGGAGAAAUGGACGAGGACGAUGAAGAGUAUGAUGUGUUUAGGAACGUUGGUCAGGGAUUGGUGGGCCACUACAAGGAGAUAAUGAUCCGUUAUUGGCAAGAAUUAAUCAACGAGAUCGAGUCUACGAAUGAACCUGGUUCCGAGCAUCAAGAUGACUUCAAAUCACAUUCCUUACCAUUUGCGAGAAUCCGCAAGGUCAUGAAGACGGAUGAAGAUGUCAAGAUGAUUAGUGCAGAGGCCCCCAUCAUUUUCGCCAAAGCCUGUGAGAUCUUUAUUACAGAACUGACUAUGAGAGCUUGGUGCGUGGCAGAAAGGAAUAAAAGACGAACUUUGCAGAAGGCAGAUAUCGCAGAGGCCCUGCAAAAGAGUGACAUGUUUGACUUUCUCAUCGAUGUUGUGCCUAGAAGACCUCUUCCACAAUGA